CCUGCUGGGUCAUGUGAGCGUCAUCCGCAGCUGCGGGGCCAGAGAGCAGCGGCAGGGAUACGGGAUCGCCAUGCCACCGGCUGUCAGCAGCAGCCUACCGGGGGAAACGAGAGGAAUUUAACGGCUAGAAUCCAGCGCUGACCGCCAUAGCGACAGCUGAGCCAGAGUGGGUGAAAUCCUUUGGCCACUUCAUGAUCUCACAGACAGCUGAUGCUGAAGCGAUCUAACGCAGAUGUAACGAUCAAACUGCUUUCUUUAUCGGUGGUGGCUUCAGACCCCCUGCGCCGUCUCUUGGCUCUGACUACUCAACCCAAAGUUCGUGAUGUCCAAAUCCGCUCUCUUUAAGGUGAUCCUCCUGGGUGACGGUGGCGUGGGCAAAUCGUCACUCAUGAACCGAUACGUCACCAACAAGUUCGACUCGCACCUUUUCCACACUAUAGGCGUGGAGUUCCUGAACAAAGAGCUGGAGGUGGACGGGCACCGCGUCACCCUGCAGAUCUGGGACACGGCAGGUCAAGAGCGUUUCCGCAGCCUCCGCACACCCUUCUACCGCGGUUCCGACUGCUGCCUGCUCACCUUCAGCUUGGACGACGGACAGAGUUUCCAAAACCUGUCAAACUGGAAGAAGGAGUUUACAUACUAUGCUGACAUAAAGGACCCUGACAGCUUCCCCUUUGUGGUGCUGGGUAACAAACUGGAUAUUCCUGAGCGUCAGGUGUCGGGGGAGGAUGCUCGGAAGUGGUGUCGCGAAAACGGCGGACACCCUUACUUUGAGACAAGCGCCAGGGAUGCCACAAAUGUAGCAUCAGCCUUUGAGGAGGCGGUGCGUCAAAUUCUGGCAUCGGACGACAGAGAUAGUCACCUCAUCAACACCAACACGGUGGACUUGCAGAGGAAGAGCCAACCCCAGGACAGCUGCUGCUGAGCUCAGCCCACAGUGUGACCUACCAAGAGCUCGUGAUACUUGUGCAGAUCCCACAAGCGAUUUUUACGAAAAGAGGGAACUGGUGGUGGCUCAGGAGCGUCUCUACAACAGUCUGUGAUGUUCUCAGCGAGUGUUAUUGGAAAUAAGCGGUUUUGUGCCGUUGUUCAUGAUUUUUACAUAAUCAUGUGCCUGAAAACUCUUCAUGACCUUCUCACAUUUUGGUCCCUUUCAGAAACAAAUUGAAUUGUUAACAUUUCUCAUUUGGAUGUGCAGAUUAACAAAUCAAUUGGCAAUAAGUCAAAUGGGUUUUCAGUUUAAAAACAAAACAAAAAUCAUGUCACCUCUAAAUGCCACUUAAUGCAGGAUUUGUACCACAGUCAGUGUUUCAGACGUGCUGACGGUUUCGACGUCACUGAUGGAGCUGCAGUUUGACGCUUUAACCACAAAAAGAGAAGUCCUUUACGAUUACUUUUGCACACUGAAGCAGAUACUGGACUCGGUUUGAAGGCGGAAGACUAAAACUACAAAACAGCUUUCAUAGCUUAAAUAUACUAAUUAUCCUUAAACAGACCUGCAAGGCAAAUAAGAAAACAGCCUGAUUUAAAGCUAUUAAUGUUUUUGCCUUAGAAAUGCAACAUGCCCCCCCACCCCCAUCUAUAUAAACACAGAAUUUAAGGUAACUAUUUAAGAUAAAUGAUCUUAUCUUCUAUUUUGACAGUGUAAUAAUGCCAAACCAGAGACCUUCAAACUGCUGUCGCUAGCUAGAGUCCAUUUUCUGUGUUUAAGUAUUUAUUCAUCAGUUCUAAUUUUGAAAUUACUGUAAUUAUGGUCUUUAUUAAAGGAGAUGGCUCCCAACUUUUUUUUUUUUUUUUAAAAACACUGAAAAUAAAAUGUCAGGCAAAACUGGAGAAACACCUGUUAUUUAAUAUGGGUUUCACUGAUGUUGUAUUAUCAUUGUAGUCCACAAGGUGGUGCCUAUGUAUCAGAAGAUGGUGUCAUAUAUUGCUAUUAGUCUGAUUUCUGAUGUCUUAUGGGUUAGGCUGAAUUUUAACAGAGCUCAUUCUUGGAUUCUAAAUAUUUAAUAAUAAAACAUGCUCCCGUAAUGGGAGCAACAACUAAAA